AUGACAUUUUAAAAUAUUUUAACGAGUGAAGUUUUGCACCUGUUACAAUAAGUUAGUUUCAAUUUUGUACAUUCUUUUUAUAUGUUUCUUUUUGCGAUGGGUCAAGGUAACAGUCACGAAUCAACAAAUCAUUCUGAUCUAAUUGAACCGAUAGAUGAGGAAUCGGCGAUUCAAUUCACAAUAAACAAAAUCAAAUACUCUGUUCCCAAAUGUAUCCGUCCACAAACAACAUUAAACUAUUUUAUCAGAAAUUUUGCAAAAUUAAAGGGAACCAAGUACAUGUGUCUGGAAGGCGGAUGUGGCGUAUGCAUAGUUGCAGUCAAAAUAAAAGACGAAAUAUUGGCUGUAAAUUCUUGUCUUGUUCCAAUAUUUUUGUGCAACGGCUGGGACAUAAUAACGAUAGAGGGUAUAGGAGGAAAACUGGCAGACUACAAUCUACUUCAAAAAACUUUAGCCGAUAUGAAUGGAUCUCAGUGCGGUUUUUGCUCACCUGCGAUGGUUAUGAAUAUGUACAGUUUGAUCGCGAGGAAACGAACGAGUGCAAACGAUAUAGAAAACUCCUUCGGGAGCAAUAUAUGUCGUUGUACAGGCUACAGAUCAAUCCUAGAUGCUUUUCAGUUAUUCUCCACCAACACUGCAUCAGGCACGUCUGCAAGUGUUCGUGACAUCGAGGAUGCUCACAAAUCGGUACUGUGCUUGAAAAAUUGCGCUUCGUGCAAUGACUUUGAGAUGAUCGGCGUUGUCGGUCCAAAACCGAUCUAUCUUAAGCUCAAGGACGCUGACUUUUUUAAAGUGUUCACCAUCGGUCAGAUUUUCGAAAUCUUCAAUAAAUGCCCAAAUGCUUCGUACAUCCUUAAUGGUGGAAACACUGGGAAUGGUGUAUACAGAAUUUCCAAGAAAGACCUAUACCUGGACAUAAACGACAUAACCGAGCUGCAAAACAUUAGUAAAUCUGCUGACAAAUUAAGCGUAUGCUCCGCUGUCAGCCUGGAAAAUAUGAGAGCUUGCUGUCAGAAGUAUUCAAAGGACGAUGGCUUUGAAUACCUCAAUCAGUUGGCUUACCACAUAAAUUUGAUCGGUCACCUGGCAAUGAGAAACAUCGGAACGAUAGCUGGAAAUUUGAUGCUAAAGCACCAGCAUCCUGAAUUCCAAUCUGACCUAUUUCUGAUACUGGAAACCGCUGGAGCGGAAUUACACAUUUUGGAAUCCGAGGGAUCAAAAAUCAGUUCAACCUUUCUUGAUUUCAUGGAAAUAGAUAUGAGACAUAAAUUGAUAUACAGCGUUGUACUUCCGCGAUUGGAAUACAAUUACGUUUACAAAACUUACAAGAUAAUGCCAAGAGCACAAAAUGCCCACGCGAUUGUUAAUGCUGGAUUCCUGUUUCGACUUGAUGAUAAAACUCAAGUUCUAGAGCAACCGAAUAUUAUUUUUGGAGGAAUUAGCGCCAAAUUCUUUCACGCUUCCGAAACUGAGAAAUACCUCAAGGGCAAAGUCCUCUUGGACUCAAAUACACUAAAAAAUGCUUUGAGUACCUUAGGCAAUGAACUAAAACCAGACUUGAUCCUCCCAGAAGCAUCUCCGGAAUAUCGAAAGAAAUUAGCCCAAGCUCUAUUCUACAAGUUCAUUCUUAGUCUGAAACCGAAUAAAAUCGACGCACGACUUCGUAGCGGAGGUACUAUGCUCGAACGCCCCAUAUCUUCCGGAAAAACUGACUACAAUGUUGACAAGAAUCUGUGGCCGGUAAACAAACCGGUUACCAAAAUCGAGGCAUAUUACCAAACUUCCGGAGAGGCCGAGUAUAUCGAUGAUAUCUCUCACAGAGAUGACGAAGUAUUCUGUGCUUUUGUGCUAGCACCUGAGACAGGGCCUAUAGAUUCGAUCGACGCCAGUGAGGCAUUGGGCAUGGACGGUGUGGUGGCAUUCUACUCUGCUAAAGACGUGCCGGGAAAAAAUGUCUUCGUGGAUCAAACAGCGUUAAUCACUUAUACCGAUGAACUGCUGUUCGCCGAAAAGGAAGUUCAGUACGCGGGACAGCCCUACGGAAUGAUAGUCGCCAGCGACCGAUACGCGGCUUACGAGGCCGUGAAAAAGGUGAAGCUAAUUUACGAAAAUGGCCCUCGUAAAAGGCCUUUGUUAACAGUGGAGGAGGUAUUUGCCAGCAACGACAAGAGCAGGAUCUAUGAAAUUACACACCAAGAUGCAACUAAACCUGCCGGAAAAAAUGUGAAGAAUACGAUUAAGGGGACGUUGGUAUCCGGAAGUCAGUAUCAUUUCACAAUGGAGCCGCACGUCUGCUUUUGCAUACCACUAGAAGACGAACUGAAUAUGUUUGCAUCGACGCAGUUUGUCACUUUUACUCUUCGUAACGUGUCGGCUUGCUUGGGGAUACCGGAAAACAAAAUCAACAUUAAAGUACGACGUGUCGGUGGUGCCUACGGCGUAAGACUGACCAGAUCAUCUCUAGUGGCCUGCGCCUGUGCCAUGGCCGCUCAGAAACUCCAACGACCAGCUCGCAUGUACAUGACUAUCGAAGACAUGAUGCAGGCCGUGGGUAAACGCAUCCCGACUUACAGCGAGUAUGAGGUGGGCAUUGACGACGUCGGCAAGAUCCAGUACCUCAAUUGGAACUACUGGGCUAACAAAGGCAUCUCUAUGAACGACACAGUACCUAGCUUCGCUAUCGAAAUGUUUAAAAAUAUUUACGACACAUCGACCUGGAGUUGGACUUAUAAUAAUGUCAUCACCGAUUUGCCUUGUGGCACUUGGUGUCGAUCGCCUGGGUCGGCCGAAGGACUGGCCAUAAUUGGUGACGUCAUGGAGCAAAUCGCAAGGGCGACACAUCAAGAUCCCUUUGAUGUGGUUCUCCAGAAUGUGUCUGACGAUGAUAGGGAAAGAGUCACUUCGAUGAUAGACCAGAUUAAAAAGACUUCCGAAUAUGAAGAUCGGCGAAAAGCUGCCGAUCUUUUCAAUAAGGAAAAUAGAUGGAAGAAACGGGGUGUGGGUACUAGUGUGAUGAAGUUCCACGUAGGGUUCGGUCAAGGCUUUCAUGCUCUGGUUUCGGUCUACAGCAUAGACGGUACUGUUUCUAUAACUCACGGAGGCAUCGAGAUGGGCCAAGGAAUAAACACUAAGGUGGCCCAAGUAGCAGCAUAUACUCUGGGAAUAGACAUGGACAUGAUAAGAGUCAAGCCAACUAACAACUUGACAGCGCCAAAUGACGGAGCCAGUGGUGCUAGUAUAACCAGUGACUGCUGCGCUAGCGCUACCAAAGCGGCGUGCGAAGAACUUUUAAAGAGGCUAAAACCUGUCAAAGACAUUCUACCUAACGCCACCUGGAAGGAUAUCACAAACAUGGCUGCGACACUAAACAUCGACCUAUGCGCGAGCCACAAGUACAACAUAUUAGAAGACUUGCCAAAGAACUACGCAGUCUACGGUGUGACCGUAGCAGAGGUGGAACUAGACAUUCUGACAGGACAGCACAUCGUACGCCGAGUUGACCUUCUCGAGGACACAGGUACCAGCUUGAACCCAGAAAUAGACGCGGGGCAAAUACAGGGCGCGUUCGUGAUGGGGAUGGGUAUGUGGACGACGGAGCAUCUGAUUUAUGAUCCAAGUACCGGCGCACUGGCCAACCAUAGAACUUGGAAUUACAAGCCACCUACGGCUCUUGACAUACCAGUGGACUUUCGAGUGAGCUUUUUACGAAACGCGCCUAAUCCGGUUGGGAUACUUGGAUCGAAAACCACUGGCGAACCCGCUCUCUGCAUGAGUUGCGCAAUUCCAGUAGCCAUACGAUACGCACUUGACUCUGCCAGGGCAGACGCUGGUAACACCGAAGUUUGGUAUAAUCUGGAUGGGCCCCUUACGGUAGAGAAAAUAAUGUUGUCCAGCUUGACUGAACCUGAGCAAAUGGAUUUAUGAAUAAAAGGUGUAUUUUAUUCUUUGAAUUCGCAUUAUUGAUUAUAUUGAAAAAUGUAGCUAUGUAGAGGGUGUAACUGUAAAAAUGGUGAAAAUAAAUUUGCAUUUAUUCAAGCUA